CGCACAGGCGGCUAUAAUAAUAUUUCACUGCCUGGGUCUCCAGGCCGUUACUCCAGUCAGUCAUGUAGUAGUGAAUGCUUUAUGUUACGACUAUCAGUUGGCAUGCAUAAGUAAUCUUCAAUUAGUGGCUAAUAAUACAGGCUCCCACAGAAAAUUCACAGUCUGUAAGUUUUGCUGUAAGCCUGUGAGUCUCAAUUCCCUGAAAGGCAGGCAGCUGGUUUGCUUGUGUUGCACUUGCUUAUGCUAGCAAAGACUUGAUUAUCAUUUGUUCCAAGAAUCCAGCGUUGUGCUAUGGCAGCAUGAAUUGAUUUUGUAGUAGCCACAUGGCAAGUGACAGAAAAGAGAACCAGUUUCCAAAACAUCAGCUGGUAGAUGUUAGGAAACUGAUUACAGCCUCCGUCCAUGUGUCUCAUGAUGUGUAUCUAGCACAAGCAAUUUUCCAGCUGCAAAAGGCUGUGACAGAGAAUUCCAAAGUUGUUUGCAAGUCAUGUGCUCUCCGGAGAUUUUCCAUCCAGCCCGCCCAGCAGAAGAAGAUUCCAAACCGGUAUUUGGGCCAGCCCAGCCCUUUCACACACCCUCACCUUCUCAAACCAGGAGAAGUAACCCCAGGAUUGUCACAGGUGGAAUAUGCUCUUCGCCGACACAAACUGAUGGCAUUGAUCCGGAAGGAAGCCAAUGGCUGGGAUGGAUUGGACCACACAGUGAUUCUGCUAUCCAACCCCACCUACUACAUGAGCAAUGACAUCCCCUACGUUUUCCACCAGGACACUAACUUCCUGUACCUCUGUGGGUUCCAGGAGCCUGACAGCAUCCUGGUCCUGCAGAGCAUUCCUGGCAAAGCACUGCCAUCCCACAAAUCCAUACUUUUUGUGCCCCGGAGAGAUCCAAGCCGAGAGCUGUGGGACGGGCCUCGAUCAGGCACCGAUGGGGCAGUUGCUCUCACAGGAGUGGAUGAAGCUUACACCAUUGAGGAGUUCAGGCACUUGGUGGCCAAGUUGAAAGGCGAGUCAAACAUUGUUUGGUACGACUUGGCAAAACCGGUGCAUACAGAGCUGCAUUCCAACUACCUGCAGCCCCUGGCUGAGAUAACAGCUCGAAACAAAAACCACAGCCAGCGCAUCCGACAUCUAGUGCAAAACCUUCGUCUGAUCAAAUCUCCUGCAGAGAUUGAAAGGAUGAAGAUAGCUGGACGGGUGACUUCAGAGGCUUUCACAGAGACAAUGUUUGCCAGCAAAUCCCCAGUGGAUGAAGCCUUUCUGUAUGCAAAGUUUGAGUUUGAGUGCCGGGCUCGUGGUGCUGACAUCUUGGCAUACCCCCCUGUUGUUGCUGGUGGCAGCAGAUCAAACACUUUGCACUAUGUGAAGAACAAUCAGCUCAUCAAGGAUGGUGAACUGGUCUUGCUGGAUGGUGGGUGUGAGUCUGCCUGUUACGUAAGUGACAUCACACGUACCUGGCCUGUCAAUGGAAGGUUCACCAAACCCCAAGCAGAAUUAUACCAGGCUGUCCUGGAUAUCCAGAAAUCCUGCCUGAGCCUCUGCUCCCCAGGUGUGAGUCUAGAAAAUAUCUACAGUCUCAUGUUGAGUCUUAUUGGACAGAAACUGAAAGAAUUGGGGGUCCUAAAGAGCAGCAUCACUGACAGCCACUUCUUCAAGGCAGUUCGAAAGUACUGCCCACAUCAUGUGGGCCAUUACUUGGGCAUGGAUGUUCAUGAUACCCCGGAUAUAUCCCGAUCACUUCCGCUCCAGCCAGGCAUGGUAAUAACUGUUGAACCAGGCAUUUAUAUCCCUGAGGAUGACAUGAGCUCCCCGGAGAGGUUUCGUGGCAUUGGUGUGCGCAUUGAGGAUGAUGUUCUGAUAACAGAGGAUGUGCCUCUCAUCUUGUCUGCUGACUGUCCCAAGGAGAUCUACGACAUUGAGCAGAUCUGUGGCCGCAAGUCAUGAUGCCCCUUCUCUGCCUCUUUCAUCCUCUUUGGGAGAAGCAGGGCUCCAGGGAUACACAUUCUCAUAGUUGUCAAGUGAUGAAGGGUGAUGGCUGUUUCCAAGACUGGGGCUGGAUGAAAAAGCAAAGCGACGUUUUCUGUGUGUAUUUUCCUUCUGAUUUGAUUAGUGCUGAUGCUGAGCUGUUAUAGGACAUGGGGGUGGAUUCAUCCCUCUGCUGUGGGGAUCCAGGUCUGGUGUCCUUGGAGGGAUGAGUUUUAUCAGUGCCACCAGCAGGGCUUCUGCCUCGUCCCUCUCCAAGUGCAUAGGUGUAACUGCUGAGGCUGGGGCCCCCUUUUUGAACCUUCAGCAGUAGUUUCACAAUAGAUUUUAAAAAUGAAGCUUUGAUAAAUGCUGUUUUGGGGGCAUAAAGUGUAUCAGACAGCUUUGAUUUUUGUCGAGCCCUGGAAGGAAGGGGUUUGGUAGUCAGGAAGAUGGGUUUGGUUGGGAGGUAGUUUUAUCUGAAGCCUGUAGAGAACACUUCUAGUACUUUAAAUGUAAGGAUGUGUUUGGGCCUUGUGCAGGCAUAUGCAAAAGAGGCCAGCAGUAGGGAAAAGCAUCUUGUCUGCUCUUUCAGCUUACUGGAGUGUUUGGUAAUUUCAGAAAGGACAGAUAGGACUCAGAAGGUAGGACAUACCCAUUCUUGCUGUCUUCCACAUUCCCUUCUUUUUGUCCUACAUGUGCCUCCUGUUCUGGGCCUGCCUCUACCCUGGGAGCAGGGCAGUGUUGACUGUGCUGUACUCCACUGGUGAGCUGCUGGUCGUCACCUAGAUGUGAGGUGUCCAAUUCUGGGACACUCACAGCAUCUUUCUGGUUUAUGCUGUAAGUGCCAGCAACUUCAGCAGUGUAUUUUUGAGGACUCUGCCCUGUGGCUAGUCUUGAGUCUUUCUAUGUCUUUUAUAUGGGAUUUAAAGUAAUUCUCUUUUUCAAAACUCUGAGGGCAUGAUCACAGCUGCCUUUUGGGUUUUGCCAAGUGCAGUCAGUAGCUAAUGCUCAGUGAUAGUAUUUUUGAGGCAGCUGCAAAUGUAAUUAGGGGCUAUGAUAGAUGACGAGAAAGGGAAGAGUUGUCUUUCCUUGACAUCAGCCUAAAACACAGGCCAAUGUUUACAGUAGUAAAUAGACUUACUAGAGGCAAACAUGGCAUCUGUUUAUUUAUUUAAAAUAUUUUGACAAUCAGCUAUUUAACAUGUCUGAAAAAUGCCUCUCAUCAGUGCAUGUCCUUUUAUUUAUGCUUGCUGUUGCAUCACAUCAUACUUCCUUUCUGAUGGUAGCUUUCAGUAUUUUUCAUCUGUUAUUCUCAAUUUUCUUUCUUUUUCUUUUCUCUUCCUAUAUUGUCUUAUCUUUGACCCACUAUAACAUCACUGCUUCCUAUCCAUUUUGCUUUCUAAUCAACGUCACUGCCUCUUCCCAGGUUUGCCCUAAUUCCCCACAGUGAAUGUAGUCAGAAGCAUGAGGGAAAGGUAGUCAGGGUUCCUGAGGUCAACCUCUGGCUCUGUUGCUAUGUAACCUCGAGCAAAAUCGGGGGGGUGGGUUCUCUUUUGCUUUUUUAUUCUUUCCAGUGUUUCAUUUCACUUAGUGAAGGCCAAAUGGACAGUGUCUUUCAUCUGUCGUUGCUUUUAGUAGAAUCUGGGUGCAUGCACCAGGAUGCCCAGGGUGCGUGCUGGGUGCCCAGGGUUUGAAUUGGGCACUUGAAAGGCAGCCAAGACCUGCCAUAAUUUUGUUUUUUAAGCAUGAUGAGAAGUAACUGCUUUUACAGAGUUUAGUAUAUCACAUUUCACCUGGUUAAGAGAAUCUGCUAAUGCAAUCUGCUUGGUGCUCAUGCAUUACAGUGAUACAUACAAUGUAAAUCGUUAGCAGGAAGGCAUGGUAAGUGUGGACACAGAACUGAUGAAUACUUCUGAUGUUCUGAUCUGUAACAUAUUUGUGGUUUCAAUUACACCUGUUAGAGCCAUGUGAACUGAGACAAAUAUUGGAUUUUGGAAUUAUGUGAGCAACUUAAAAUAACAUUAACUGAGAGCUACAUGUGUGUGCUGAUCUGCACAUCUGCCCAUGUACCUAGCCGAGUUAAUAAUUGUACUUACUGUAAAUAACACUUUGAAAUACUUAUUUUUAAAAUAGAACAAUUUGUAGAAAGUAGUUUUACAAGCCAUCAAGAUACAUGGUUACUUAAUAGAUAGAAACACCUCCAGAAAGAGGAGUAUUUUCCAGGGGGAUUUAUAAAUUAUCUAUAACCUGUCUUGGACUUGAAAUAACAUUGUCAAAUGGAGGCACACACUAGUUCCUACUCCUCUCAGGAAAAUCUUGCAACUUGCAAACACCAAUAGAUCUUAGGAAUGUUGUGGAUGAAUGUUUCUCAGUAAAGAAGCAUUUGUGACUCUGCUGAGUGGGGAGUAAUGGAUUUGCUAGGGCUGCUGUGCCCCACCGUGCCACUUGUGUCUGAUUUGGGCUGUGCAUUGCUCCACAUUCUGUAGUUCUGCCACAGCAGUCAGCCAUUUCUGCAGCAUAAGCUGCUGCUAAUGUUUUGAACCUGUUGUUCCAUGUAAAGAAGAGUGCAUUUUGCAAAAUGUAUUAAAUUUGAGUCUUAUCAACCUGAAUUUUUGAAGGCUUUUUCUCACUUGUUGCACAAGUGGAUAACCAGAGUAUCAUCUGGGACCUACACACAUGCCGCAGUGUCCCUUGAAUGCAGUCAAAUCCAUGAACGUUUUGCAUGACCUUCACCAAGAAACUCUAAAGAAUCCCUUCUCUGGCUGCAGGUCCCCGUGUGUACCUCCCCGCUCGCCAAUGCCAUACUGCCACAUUUACAGCCUGUCUCUGCCGUAGAAGAGAUUCCUCACUCCAACCACUUGGGUGCAGGAGCAGCUCUCGGUGGCAGCACAAGUCACCAGCUGCUUGAUGAGGGCAUUGGUGCGAUCACUGCAAGCAAAAGGGGAAUUGAGGUAUAUGCAAGUUCACUUGGGGAGAGAUUUUACUGCAACUGUGGCACAGGUCUUAAGGGCAUCGGAGUAAGAGAAAAUGAAAGCCAGCCAUCCCUAUGGAAAAGCUGCUUUGCUUUCAGAGGAAGCCCAGGAGGCUUUUAGCAUUGCCAUUUCACCUUCUACCAGGGGACUGCUUUGCCUUGCAGAGAACUAGUUAGUAGUAAAAUCCUGUUGUUAACAUAUGGUCUGAGCAGAGGUGCUAAUUUGCAGGUAUGUUUCUGCCAUCCAAGUGGAAAGAAAUUUGGCAUUUGACACAAUUUGGCAUUCUGUUAUCUGUGAAGAAUACAAUAUGUCUUUCCUAAAAUUGAAUUUUGCAAAGGAACCUUGUGGUGUAGGAAAAGGCAAAUUGAGGGAGCACGUAAAAGAAAAUGAAGGUGGAGGUUUUGGGGAAUGUACAAUGCGUGGAGAAGAUUCAGGGAAAGGGUAUGAUCUGGAGCUGUGGGGAUACGUGCAGGUGGAUGCAAGAGCAAGGAGAGAACAACAGGGUAUAAAAUGGCUAUGCAGUGUGUUGUCAGAGUAGUGCAAUAGCUUCAGGAAACUGGUUAUGUUAACCAGGAGACCCUGAUCGAUUUGUCCUACUCAGGAGGGGGGAACAAAGGAGUCAGAUUGUAUUGAUGAACUUGGUCUUAGCAGUUAGUUUAAUUAUUUCUUUUAAAAAUCAAUAGAAUUAUCAUAUGAGAAAGUUUUUUGCAGUUUCAUGUUAUUGAUCAUAUGUCAUAUUUUAAAUAAUGUGAAGGAGAAAAAGUACAUUUCUAGACAAAAUCUUCAUUACUAUGGAGAGCAAGGCUGAGGUUACCUGCUCUUAUGCUACCCAAAUUACUGCUGUGGAAAUUUAGUAAUUACUCUCAGGAGAAUUACCAUAAAGCAAAAAGAGUUAGGGUUAAAUUUAGAAAAAAAUCUAUACAAGAUAAAGGACAAAAAUGCUUUAAUUAUGAUGAGAUGCUUAAUACUUUGUGUAAUUGGAUAACGAAACUCUGCACUGCAAUAAAUUGACAAAUUUUUAUUUCUUUUGAACUGAGUUGUCCCAAAUCCCGUAUAGGCAUCUCUUCAUUAGUAUGCAGAUCUAAACUGCAUUGAAGUUCAUAAUUUUCUGGGAUCAUUACAGCAUCUCUCUUAAAUAUGCUCCCUACAUGCAUGCUCAGCCUCCACUUGAUUAAAAACCAUCGUUAGGACACUGUCACAAUGCUGGCUCUAGGAGUGGAUCUGACUUAGAAAAGUCAUUGUAUUUCAGAAGUGUAACAUGAAGUUAUAUUUUAAAGCAGAAUUUACAAUUGAAAUGGACAGCAAGGCAUGGUGGGCUCCAUGGUGCUCAGUUUCUCCCCUCAGCUCCUUUCUCCUUCUCAGAGUUUGUCUUGCUGUCUUAACUGGCUGCCAGCCCUGAGCUUUCCUCACUAGCAGCGAGUGGAGCAAUGAACCCCUGUCUUCCUAUGAUGCCUCGGCCCAGCUGGUUGUUUCUCUGAAACACCACCUGAUAUUUGGCUAACCAGAACCAGACUCUUCAGAAGAUGGGAAGAAAGAAGCAAGGAAGAAUUUCCAUGUCCUCCAUAUGUGUUGCCUUCUCUUGCUGACUCAUACCACGUAUGCCUUUUUAACUACCAUGACAGAGUUAUCUAUUAACAAUGGCAAAGAAAAAAUAUUUCCUGAGUAAGUCUGAUGACAAGAUUUUUGAGCAAGUGAAAGGUUAACAAGAAAGCUGGUUGUAGGCCCAGGAGUGAGAAUGGCUACUGUAGGGUUCAAUCUGUUCCUUCCCCUUGGAUGCUGGGGAAACAAGAAGCACUGCAAGGAGCCGUGUGCAGUCUUGGUUUGGGAGCUUCUUGCAAAUGCUGGUCUCCAGCAUGGUGUGGUUGGCCAGAACUGACAGUGGUUGAAGCUCUGUUGGUUUUCUCGUCUCAAGACCAUAAAGAGCCUGUGGCUUUUUGAAGGAGUUCACAAUUCUGGCAGCAGAAGUUGGGAAAACUAAGCCUGUGGUUCAGUCAUCAACUAGAAGUUUGCAGUCCAGCAAAACUGGUUGAAAUGCAGUUUUUUCUAGGGAAAUUGGCAUACUGUGUUUUUUGUCAGUAAAUCAGGGGAAUAUGAACAAUAUUGUGUGAGAGGGAGGCAAGCUCAGGUCCUUUUUAUUCCCAGGCAGAACAAGGCUUCUGCCUCGGUGUGCACUUUUGGGAGGUUAAUGCAAAAGGGGAUUGGCUGCUGAUCCAAAUUGAGAUUAAGCAGUCUGACUCUUGUACCAGGAAAUAUUUAGCAGAUGCCAAAUAAUCUGUUAUCAUGUGAAUCUUUUACUCAGAGAAGUAGUGCGUAAGUUUGGGGAUAAUAUACUUUGGUUUUCCAGUCUAAUGUGCACACGGAGUGCAACAUGUAACAUCAGUUUUGCCUAUGGGAGCUACAGCCAAUACCUCUGUAAUAAAUAUUACAUCUCAGUUGUGUACAGGUAGCAAACAUUGUAGUCAUUCAGAGAAAGUGCAGCUGUUAAUGGUACAAAAGGGGCUGGGGUUUAAGCUUUCUUAGUGCAGGUCUCAUUCCAGGCUACAAAACCUGGUGUUCCCAAUACUGCCUAUGAACACCCUUUCUUACCUCCACUUGGGAGACUGAUCAUGACUAUCGAGCGGCCUCUGUGAAGUUCAUCAUUUGUGUUGACACUUCUGUGCUGUUGUCCUAAUGCGCCAUCAGGAUCCUAUUUUGAUCUGGUAACUGCUUAAUGGUUUUAACAUUGCUUCUUGGAUAGACAAGGUUUGAUAUGGCAUCAGGGAUUAGGAGAGUUCCUACCAUGGGAUUGGAACUGCUGCGGAGCUGGGUCUGGCUGACUCCUCACACACUGUGUAUAUGCUCCCUCAGCCCAGUUGCAAAUGGCUUCUCGUACUCAGAGGGGCAGAGAGACACGGCUCAGGAAUCUCCAGUCCUCACAUCACCAUGCAGCUGCCCACGUCACGGAGGCCUUCGGUCUCCAACUGUUCUUCUGACUGUUCCCCCUCCAGACUUGUACCAGAGCGUGGCUGAAACAGCCGUAGCCUCCUGUGUGCUCGUUGUAAUGACUUCUUGUCAGAUUCCGUAAGUUUCUGCUGAGGUUCCUGUGGUGUGUUGCAGAUGUCUGGUAUGUGUAUUGCUUUCUAAUUUAUAAUUUACCCUGUUCUUUUUUCCAAGAGAUGAGCUUUUUAACAGCUAUAUGGGUGUUACUGUGGUGACUGUAACCAGGCAAAAACAUACAGUUUGUAUAGAGAUAGUUCUACAUUUGUGGACUUGGUUAUGAUUAAGAGAUUUUUAAAGGCAUGCUGUAUUUUUUCCCCUUCCCUGCAGAACAGAGAGAGGUUCCUCGUGAGCUUUCAAUUGCACACUACAAAGUGGAAAAGUAUGAUUCAUCUUCAAAAGCAUGCGUGUAUUGGUGUAUAUAUACACAAACACAGACAUAUUAUGCAAACAAAUGUUGUGACUUUUAGCGAGAUAGAGAUUUAGAAGACAUUUCUCCAAGCAUAGUUAAGAUUGUUCCAAUACUUUUAAUUUGUUUAUGCUUUAUCUGGAUUUCUUGUUUAAUUUUAUCUUAGAAUUUUCAGGGUUUAUAAUUCUUGGGUUUUGAAUAAUAGCAUUAUCUCUGUAAUAUAUGUUACUGUAAAUCAUUGUCAUGUAGCCUUAACAUUUCCUCCAUCUUCAGAGGUUUUUUUUCAGUUUUAUAAUGUCAUUUCUCUGCAGUGUGAGGUUUUUGAGGAGACAGCAUUCUGUGAUUCUCACCUGAGUGCCUUUCCAAAAAAGGUGAGAAUAUGCUAUCUGAAAAAUGUGAUUAUUACUCUUAAAAUUCAAAAUUGUAACUAUGUGAGUUUUGAACCCAAAUGUAUCAUUCUAACUUAGGUUCUUAGGGAAAUAAAAUAGAAAAGUGUAGCAAUUAAUGAAAAGGAGGAUUGUAGUGCCAAGCUAAAUUUCUAAUAUACUGAUAACUGCAAAUUAAUCUCAGCCAUUAGAUAUGAGAGCUAUUUUCCUCUGGUGUGCAAGUCCUUCUGAAAUUUUAGUGAAUGUUAAUAAUAAAUUAGAAGACUGAUAAGCUGUUUCUCUAAGCUCAUUUAAGACAAGAAAUGCACCAAAUGCUACAUUUCUUAAGGAGUCCGUUUUUAAUGAGUCACAAGCUAAUAGAAGACUGAGUUGAAAAUCCUCUA